AUGAUUAUUGAAGCUAUUAGUGUCCUUUUAUUGACGAUUGUGAUAGGAGCUAUAGGCUUUUGGGCGCUUAAACAAAAAUCAGGGCCAGUUGUGCAGCCUCAGGAGGUGGAAAAAAAUGCAAAAGGGAGGAUGAAUUUAAAAUUAAGACAGAAACAGACACAAGAGGUAGAAGCAGAAGAAAAGACCGAAGAAGACGACGAAAAGUCAGAGCUAUCAAGAAGGGAAGCAGCUAAAUUAGCGAAAAAAGAAGAGAAAAAAGCACAGAGGGAAGCCAAAAAACAAGCUUAUGAAGAAAAGCUGCAGAGGCAGAAUGAAAAAAAUGCGAAAUAUUUAGAGAAAGAAAAAGAAAGAGAGCAAAAAGAAAAGGAAGAGGAAGAAAGGCUGAAGAAGAUUGAGGAAGAAAAACAGAAAAAAGAGGAAGAGGAGUACGCGAAAUGGAAAGAUAUGUUCGCAGUUGAUGAAGGAGGAGAAGAAGCUGAAGAAGCUGGGUACGAUUUGAAAAAAUUCAUUGAUUUUAUUAAAAUGAGAAAAGUUGUAAUGGUUGAAGAACUGGCUUCUGAAUUCGGCCUGGACGGAAAAACAGCUGUAUCAAGACUAGACGACUUAGAAAAGGGUGGAUGGAUUAAUGGCAUAAAAGACGAGAGAGGGAAAUACAUUUAUAUCACAGAAGAAGAGUUUCUGGAUGUCAAAAAAUACAUAGAAAAGAGAGGCAGGGUGUCACGGGCUGAGCUUUGUAAUGAAGGAAAUAGGCUGGUAAGGCUGGAUCCUACAGAAGAAGAUAAAGCAAAAAUCCAGGCUGAAGAAAGAGCGCUUGUAGAAAUACUAGAACAAGAUGAUAAAGAAGAGAGAAAAGGGAAUUAA